CCCGCGAAAGCGCUAACAACGUUCCAGCGGAUCCCAGCGAGCGGUAAAACCGCGCGAAACACACCAGGAAGGCAGCAGCAGCGCCGCGCACAGCCCUCUCUCGCUCCCCCACGCCAUUCGCCGUCAACAGUUAUUCGCCGAGAGUUUUGUGACUUUUUCGCGUACUUCGCUUUCGUUUCGUUGCUCGGCGGCUCCUCCAUUAAAAACAAGGCUCCACACAACCACAGCGCGCGAGUGUAGGUGACGGCGCUUGCACACCGAAAGGCAGUGUGCGACAACAACAAAAACUGCAGCCUGUGCCACUGUACAACACCACGAGCAACAGCCAACACAGCGUUUGGAAGGAAAUUCUCCGGUCUGCCCAGCGAAGCCAAGAUGUCCACGCCCACUUCCCCGAAGACGCCCACGCCGCCCACCUUGCCGCCGGGCGUGACCAAAACGUGCCACAUAGUGAAAAGGCCCGAUUUCGAUGGCUACGGCUUCAACUUGCACUCGGAGAAGGUGAAGCCGGGACAGUUCAUUGGCAAGGUGGACGCCGACUCCCCGGCAGAGGCGGCUGGCCUGAAGGAGGGCGAUCGCAUCCUGGAGGUGAACGGGGUGUCCAUUGGCAGCGAGACCCACAAGCAGGUGGUGGCCAGGAUCAAGGCCAUCGCCAACGAAGUGCGCUUGCUGCUCAUCGACGUGGAUGGCAAGGCCACAGAGACCAAGCCUGCCACGCCGCCAGCAGCGGCCUGCAACGGAAACGGAAGUGCCAGCCAGAACGGAUACGAGGGCACCAAGCAGGAGAUGCCCGGAGCCAGUGCCAAUAUCAGCAGCAUCAGCAUGGUGAGCACCAAGCGAUCCUCAAACGCCAGCAGCAUUCAGAGCGGCAGCACCAUGAAUGCCUCCGAACUGGAUGUGGUCGACCGGGGACUCCCGGCACCCCCAGCCGCGGUGGCUACUCCUCCUCCUCCGAGUGCUGUUCAGAACGGCAGCAAACCCUCUUCGCCUUCGCCGGUUAACAACAACACCCUGAUGAGCACGCCCCCACCGCCCUCGGCCACCAAGGCCGGGCUCAACAACAACGGCAGUGUCUACAACACCAGCUCCAACGGCAACGGCACCACCGGCAUGACCACGCCCAUCACGCCGCCCCCAGCGAGCGGCGCCAAUCGGGCGGGCAGCCUGAACUUGCCACUGACAGCCGCCGAAAUGCGGGCCAAGCUGGCCUCCAAGAAAAAGUACGAUCCCAAGAACGAGAGCGUGGACCUCAAGAAAAAGUUCGACAUCAUCCAGAAGCUCUGAGAUGAGGCCGUAGGAAAGGAGUCCCCAACACCAUACUUGUUAUAAUGUCAGGAUGAGGAGCUAGAUCUGGUUUUGUCAGGCAUACACCACACAAUAUACAAUAUGUUUAGCUAGUAGUACGCAGAGUCACUUAUUAACUAAGCAAGUUUUAAUUUUAUUAGCCCCUAAGGAAGAAGAGCGACCAACGAUGGUGGGGAAGGCCGAAAGGAUGGAGUACACCUACCCCGCGAACAUCUAUUUACGUACGACAAACACGUAUGCUUCAAAUUCAAAUAUGGCAAACUCCAAUGGCAAUGUUGCCCUGGUUCACUGAACAACUUUCGUUGAAUAUGUACUUAGUUUUGCUUGUAUUUUUGUAAAGUAAAUAAAGCAAAAAUAUAAAGAAAUA